CUUGCAAAAAGGACGGGUCCGUUGAAAAUAAUUCUCUGGGAAGCCACGCGCCUUUGAUUACAACUUGUAAAGCCAGGCAUGCAUGAGACUAUCGUCGUCCGGUUUCGGGCCCAGCCGUGACACCCAUGAACCUGAGGUCUAUGCAGAAUGAAGAUGGCUGGCCCAUUGAGACACAUGGAAAUAAUAAUUCAGCAGCUUAACAAAUUCCAUCCUGAAAAUCAGAAUGUUGGGCAGUUCUUGGAUGAAUCAGCUAAAGUAUUACAGCCUUUCGAAGUAACAGCUGAAAUCCCUGUACCUGUAAUGGAUAUCUUGUGUGGCUGUUUAGAAUAUAAAACUGUAUUGGAUGUGAUAGUCGAUGCAUUUUAUAUUCGAGAUGGAAAACAUUGCCUACUUUCUGAGCGCAACAUGUAUAUUGUUAUUUGUUAUUUGGCUACUUUUCGACUAGAGGAACUUGGAUUUCAGCGGUUCAGCAAAAUCAUCAAAUCAAUGGAUGCUGUUAAGAUAUGUAAGUUCCUUAGGUUCUUUUUCAAUAUGGUGAAUUUGCAAACAUGGAUAAAAGAUGAAUGGAGUCAGAUUUAUGAUUCGGUUUAUGUAAAUGAAAAUUGGAUUGAACCAUUGGAAAAAUGGCAGCCAAAAAUACAGGAAUUGAUCAGUCAGCUGGAUAAUAUUGCAGAUAAACACACUAUUAUACCUUUAAAGAAGACUGAACCAAAUGAGUUUCACUUGACGGUCCCUAAUCCACGAGCUAUACUGAUUCCUGAGCAAAUUCCACGACAAGAGAAAACAAAACCUAUUCCCAAGAAUAUUUACAAACCACCUAGAAUGAAGCAGCAUCUAGAAAGAAUCAAACUGAAGAAUCGCCAGCAAGCAGAGGAACUGCUGCUAGAAGCAAAUAUUAAUCAAUUGAACUGUGCAAUCCCAAAGUUUGAUUACAAAAGCUCUAUGAAGGAAAUCCCAAACCUUGUUGAAAAAUUUGAGGCCCAGAAGAUCAAGACGAAGACUGACAAUACCCCUGUUAGGCUAAAUGCAGCAGCAAUCUUAAGAGAAGGUGUUCUGUACCAAAGAAAAGUGGAACAGGAGCUUAAGAGAAUCGAACAUCUUCUCCAAGGAGCACAGGAUCCAUCAAAAUUUCUGGAAUGGCAACAACAAAUGCGUGGGAAAGAUUUGGACCAACAGCUGACAGAAGCAGAAUGUAGAAAACUACAAGGAAAGCUAAGCUACGAGGAAGCUAUUUUAGCACGCCAAUAUUGCAUUCAGGAAAAGAAAAAAAAUGCCGAACAGAAGAGAGAAGAGACAGCAGAAAUGCAUCUCCAGUAUGCAGAAAGAUGCCUUCAGGAAAGGAAGGAAAAGGAGAAAAAGGUUCAGCAAGUGGCAGAGGGACAUAAAAAUGUGAAGCAAGCACAAAUGAAACUCCAAAAAUGCAAACAGCAAACAGUUCAAGAAAUAUCUAAAAAAAGCCAGGACUUGCUACUUCAGGCUUUAAAAGAUGAAGAAGAGAAAUUUAAAAAAAGAUAUGAACUGAUUCAGCAAAUAAGAGCGAUAGAAUAUGUGCCAUUCCUGAAAAAUAGAUUUAUUGACUUAACAAAGACUGCCAACCACGGUGUACUUGGGGAGAUGUCAAUUGUGGAACUUCAAGAACGUUUAGCUUUGCUGAAAGAAGCUCAGCAAAAAGCAGAAGAAGAGAAGAGGGAUCUGAUAAUCCAUGAAAAACAUGCGAAGGAACAACUUCUUUUGGAUAAGUUGGAUCAAAUCUGCAUGUUCAGAGAACAAUUUGGCAGAGCAGCUGCAUUAAAACAGGAGGAAAAGAAAACUAAGACCGCACCUCGUGAAGCCAUUUUAAAAGAAGAACAAGUUUUAGAACUACAGAAAAAAAUUAUGGAAAAGUCUACUGAACGUAAAAUGCAAUCUGGAUAUUUAAAAACUACAGUUCAGAAGUCUAAUGGAAAACCAAAGCAAUUUUGGAAGUUAGAUAAAAAAACUCAAGGAGAGGAUCGCUGGAAGAAAUUGGAAGAAAGUCGACAACAGCAAUUUAAAAUGCUUCAGCAUGGUCUUAUGUCUAGAGAUAAUGCUCAAAAAAUGAUAGUAAAUGAAGCUCUGAAAACUGGAGCCACCGCUUGUAUAUUAAGAAAUUGUUCCUAGAUAUACUACUACUUAUUAGACAUUUACUACUAACAUGACUCCAUUUCUGAUUUUAUUCUUUAGAUAUGGCUAUUAACCGGCAGCUGUUUUUGGUUCAUAUAUGUUGGAACUAUAAUGUUUUUUAAACAUUUUUAGCUAUUAUAGUGCUAGUUUUCUAAACAAGUAUGUGGUACUUUUUAAAUAAGUUAUAUUUUUCAGAUAAAUAAGGGAGACAAAUAAAAUGCAUUUUAAUAUUUUAAAAUAGCUUUUCAUUUAAACCAAGAUAUCCCAGAUGGAUGUAUUCAGUGAUUUUUAGUUUACGAGGCCUGUUAGUAUUGUAUAAUUGAAUAUAAUUCAAUAUAAUAUGCAGCUUUUGAACGUCAGAAUUUUCUGCUAUAGUCCGAUCCUUCUGGAAUAUUCUCCCUUGAAAUGUUAGGAUGACCCUGAUCUUGGCCUUUUUGUAAGGCUCUGAAGAUUUGGUUGUGUUACUUGAGCCUGGGUACCUGAGUGUGUUACGGGCCAUGUUUCCUGGCUGUAUCUAUAGGAACCCUUUUAAUCAGUGCCAUUUAUAUUUAUUUUGAACCGUUUUAUUUUAUUAAGUUUUAAUUGUUUUUAUUAUGUCUGAUCUCAUGUCAGAAAUGCAGGAACUAGAAAGGGGA